AUGCAGUCGCCGAGAGCAGCAAACCUGGAGCAGGACGACCAGCGCCGGGUCUUCGUGACCUUCAAGGAGGGCAAGCGCCUUCUCAAGAAUCUCACCAAGCUCACGAAGCCAGAUGUCUGCAAGCACUUCCGGGAUGAGGACAAGCGCCUGGCCCGCGAGCUGCAGGAAAUCCUCGAGGAGCUCCUCAAGGAGCUCGAGACGCAGCUCUCCAUGCCGUGGAGCCGGCAACCUGAGCGCCAGACGUCGGAGGGAUGGAGCAGACAGUCCUCCCCUUUCGGGGCAUCGUGGCUCCAGAGUGGGACAGAUGAUGGCAGCGGCCACCUGAUCCCUUACUGGAUCGACUGCAGUAGCGGCCUGACCGUCUGGUCAAGACCAGAUGGGCACAUCCUUGACUUGGUUCGCCUUGGGCAAUCCGUCGAGGAACUUCAAGACAAGGUGAGCUCCACCGCAGACAAGACGGACCACCUGGUAGCGGCCGAGGCGCUCCCUUUCGAGCUCAUGCCGGUGUACCCGGACACGGAUGUUAGCAGCUCCAUCCUUCCCUGGAAGUGCCUCAAGCUGAGCUGCACGGCCCAGCUCGUCAUCUGGGUCGCUUCGCUGCUGACGGUCCUCCUCGAUCCUGUCUACUACGACACGCCCAUUGCACCCAGGGAGCUCUACGACCCUCGAGCGCUGACGAAGAUGUCCACCGCUUGGCCCCACAAGCGCUUCCGGCCCUCUGCCAUCGCCUGCGCCGGCGACGACACCCUCUACAUCGGAGACCAGUUCGCUGUCUAUGCCGCGGACAUCUACUGGACGGGCGAGAAGAUCGAGGUGCACAGCGCGGACACCCACACCAGGAGCGCCCGGAUGCGUCACGCCCUGCACGACCGGCUCGUGGCCACAGUCGGAGCCACGGAGACUUUGCAGCUUCAAAAUCUGACGGUGCAGCCGGCGAUACCAUCUCUGGAACUGGAGUCCGCGUGGUCCAGCCUAGCCGUCAUUCGCCAACAGGGAAAGAUCUUGUUUCUGUCGGCGGAUGGGCAGAAGAUCCUGGAGAAGUCCUUGUACCCGUGGAUCCCUGCGAAACGCACCUGGCGCCUGGGCCCCACGCUGCCGCACAAGCGGCUCCUGGCGAUCGCCGUGGUUGAGGGCCGGCACGCGGCCACCUGCACCCGCAGGCACUCCGGCUUUGUGAACAUGGGCUGGGCCGUCAUUGCGGCCACCGACUCUGGCCAGGUGGUUACCUUGUGCCCUACACAGUAUGACGAGCUCCACCCGGUCGAGAUGCUCCUCUCUUUGCGCCGGCGUUCGGUCGCCGGCACGGUGGUGGAGAUCAUCGACUCGCACACGGGAUCCAAGUCCCCGCGGCGGCAGCGCAUCAUCGGCAUGGUGGCGGACUACGGCCUGGAUGUCCUCUGGAUUCUCUCGCAGACCUCGGAUGGUGAUGGAGAGGUCCUCGUCUUCGACUUGCAGACAAGGGACAUCGCGCACAACUGGCCGCUCCCGUCGGGGCGGUGGUGGGUACCCGGCCUUUGUGAUCUGGGACCAGGUCAGGGAAUGCUGCUCGGUGCCGCCGCAGACACCAAGCGACAUGCGGGUGCCGAGAUAUGGCGGUUCCUGCCGGUUCUGGGACGCCGCCACAGAAGGGCGUAUACAAGAGCUCCCGACGAGCACCGGCAGUAUCUACUGUCGUGA